AUGAGGUCUAUUCUUCUUUUAUUGUCGUUAUGGAUCGCAUCCGUUGCGUCGCAGCAAAUGCAAUUCUUACCCGGAUGUGAACCUAGCGGCACAGCGACAGGAAGUCAAGGUUUUGACAUUAGAUUUUAUGAUUAUCCGUUUACUUCAUAUGAUAAUAACCGGAAUCGAGGAGUUCCAGAUAGAGUUACAUAUCUUACCCCAGAAUACCUCAAUGGGGGAUAUGCAAAUAACCAGGAGUUGGGUUCCGCUAGCGGAGUCACGAACUUGACCUUUAUAAAUCAAUUUGAACUGGGUCGUGGACGUGAGAUGGUUGAAGGUAAUUUGCCGCCUAACUAUAAUUUUCCAAGAACUUUCUAUAUAUCGAACUUUGCUUACUUAGCAACAGGUUAUUUCAGAGCUCCAGAGACCGGAGUGUACACUUUUACUCUUGAUUAUGUUGAUGACUAUGCUGUUGUGUCUUUAGGUGGAGAUGCUGCCUUUGGUUGUUGUCAAGAAGGCGCGGCUAAUAACCCCACGGAAUUUCAAAUUAACGCGUUGUGGGCAAGAGAUCAGCCCGAAGGUAUUGCAAGUACAACAGCAUUUUUGAGAGCAGGGGCAUACUAUCCUAUAAGAUUAUUUUAUGUUAAUACGAAUAACUGGGCUGGAAUUAGAUUUACUUAUACUGAUCCUAAUGGUAUCAGACAUGAAGUUUUUGAAGAUGCUAUUUAUCAAUUCCCAGACCAGCCAGAGCCAUGCUCCGAAGAAAUCGCAACCACCACAUCUCCAUAUGAUGGUUCAGUCACUACGACUGCAUAUACGACUUUGUCCACUUAUACUAAUUCAUUUAACAUCAUAACUACUGGACAGGUAGUGGUAGUUAACACACCUUAUCCUCAAGCUACACAGACGACUACAACCGGCUGGACCGGUUCAUUCACUACAACCACUUCGACUGCUGUUGCAACAGUAACAGGUACUGAUGGUGUUGAAACGAUUGAGACAACCUUCUACGUUGUUACUCCUACGGCAGAGGUAUCUACUACAGUGACUAGUCCCUGGGACAGUAGUUUCACUUCCACCACAUCUACGGAUGUGGGAACUGUGACUGGUACCGACGGCAUAGAAACUGUUGAGACUACAUACUAUGUCGCUACCCCUACUGCAGCAAUAUCUACUACGGUGACUAGUCCCUGGGGCAGUAGUUUCACAUCCACCACAUCUACGGAUGUGGGAACUGUGACUGGUACCGAUGGCAUAGAAACUGUUGAGACUACCUACUAUGUCGCUACCCCUACUGCAGAAGCAACUACUACAGUGACUAGUCCCUGGGACAGUAGUUUCACCUCAACCACCUCAACUGGUGUUGCCACUGUGACUGGUACUGAUGGUAUCGAGACUGUUGAGACUACAUACUUCGUUGCGACACCAACAGCUGCUUUAGAGACCACAGUUACUAGCCCAUGGGACAGCAGCUUCACCUCGACUACGUCUACUGGUGUUGCCACAGUAACCGGUACUGAUGGUAUUGAGACUGUUGAGACUACAUACUUCGUUGCGACACCAACAGCUGCUUUAGAGACCACAGUUACUAGCCCAUGGGACAGCAGCUUCACCUCGACUACGUCUACUGGUGUUGCCACAGUAACCGGUACUGAUGGUAUUGAGACUGUUGAGACUACAUACUUCGUUGCGACACCAACAGCUGCUUUAGAGACCACAGUUACUAGUCCAUGGGACAGCAGCUUCACCUCAACAACGUCUACUGGCGUGGGUACUGUGACUGGAACCGACGGUGUUGAGACUGUCGAGACAACUUACUUCGUUGCUACUCCAACCGGUGUUCUAGAGACCACAGUUACCAGUCCAUGGGACAGCAGCUUCACCUCGACUACGUCUACUGGCGUGGGUACUAUAACUGGUACCGACGGUGUUGAGACUGUCGAGACAACGUACUUCGUUGCUACUCCAACCGGUGUUCUAGAGACCACAGUUACCAGUCCAUGGGACAGCAGCUUCACAUCCACCACAUCUACUGGCGUGGGUACUGUGACUGGAACCGACGGUGUUGAGACUGUCGAGACUACAUACUUCGUUGCUACUCCAACCGGUGUUCUAGAGACCACAGUUACCAGUCCAUGGGACAGCAGCUUCACAUCCACUACAUCUACUGGCGUGGGUACUGUGACUGGAACCGACGGUGUUGAGACUGUCGAGACUACAUACUUCGUUGCUACUCCAACCGGUGUUCUAGAGACUACUGUUACCAGUCCAUGGGACAGUAGUUUCACAUCCACCACAUCUACUGGCGUGGGUACUAUAACUGGUACCGACGGUGUUGAGACUGUCGAGACAACGUACUUCGUUGCUACUCCAACCGGUGUUCUAGAGACUACUGUUACCAGUCCAUGGGACAGCAGCUUCACAUCCACUACAUCUACUGGCGUGGGUACUGUGACUGGAACCGACGGUGUUGAGACUGUCGAGACUACAUACUUCGUUGCUACUCCAACCGGUGUUCUAGAGACUACUGUUACCAGUCCAUGGGACAGCAGCUUCACAUCCACCACAUCUACUGGCGUGGGUACUGUGACUGGAACCGACGGUGUUGAGACUGUCGAGACUACAUACUUCGUUGCUACUCCAACCGGUGUUCUAGAGACUACUGUUACCAGUCCAUGGGACAGUAGUUUCACAUCCACUACAUCUACUGGCGUGGGUACUGUGACUGGAACCGACGGUGUUGAGACUGUCGAGACAACUUACUUCGUUGCUACUCCAACCGGUGUUUUCGAGACUGCAGUCACCAAUCCUUGGACUGGAAGCUUUACUACAACUACUUUGACUGAAGUAGGUACUAUGACUGGUGAGGAUGGUGUUGAGACUGUAGGAACCACAUACUUCGUUGCUACUCCAACCGGUGUUUUCGAGACUACUGUCACCAGUCCAUGGGACAGCAGUUUCACAUCCACCACCUCCACUGGUGUAGGUACUAUAACUGGUGCAGAUGGUGUUGAGACUGUCGAGACAACUUACUUCGUUGCUACUCCAACCGGUGUUUUCGAGACUGCAGUCACCAAUCCUUGGACUGGAAGCUUUACUACAACUACUUUGACUGAAGUAGGUACUAUGACUGGUGAGGAUGGUGUUGAGACUGUAGGAACUACUUAUUAUGUUGUUACACCUACGGGCUCGGUUCCAACUGAAGCAAGUGGCGGUAUUCCAGGAGAGCCAGCAACCGUAACUAUCACUACACCUUGGACCGGCACAUUUGUGACUAGUGAAACGAUUGCAAGUACACUAAUUGAUGAAAAUGGUUCUCAGACAGUGGAGGAAGUUGUUGAGAUCUUCACUCCUGAAGUUCCAGGAGAACCAGGAGAGCCAGCAACCGUGACCAUCACUGCACCUUGGACCGGCGCUUUCGUGACUACUGAAACAACUGAAACGACAAUAACUGAUGCUAAUGGCUCCGAAACUGUGGAGGAGGUUGUUGAGAUCUUCACUCCUGAAGUUCCUGAAGUUCCAGGAGAGCCAGCAGAGCCAGCAACCGUGACCAUCACUACACCUUGGACUGGCGCAUUUGUGACCACUGAAACCAUUGAAACCACAGUAACUGAUGCUAAUGGCUCCGAAACUGUGGAGGAGGUUGUUGAGAUAUUCACUCCUGAAGUUCCAGGAGAACCAGGAGAGCCAGCAACCGUGACCAUCACUGCACCUUGGACCGGCACAUUUGUGAUCACCGAAACAACUGAAACGACAAUAACUGAUGCUAAUGGCUCCGAAACUGUGGAGGAGGUUGUUGAGAUCUUCACUCCUGAAGUUCCUGAAGUUCCAGGAGAGCCAGCAGAGCCAGCAACCGUGACCAUCACUACACCUUGGACUGGCGCAUUUGUGACCACUGAAACCAUUGAAACCACAGUAACUGAUGCUAAUGGCUCCGAAACUGUGGAGGAGGUUGUUGAGAUAUUCACUCCUGAAGUUCCAGGAGAACCAGGAGAGCCAGCAACCGUGACCAUCACUACACCUUGGACUGGUGCAUUUGUGACCACUGAAACCAUUGAAACCACAGUAACUGAUGAAAAUGGUUCAGAAACAGUAGAGGAUAUUGUUGAAAUUCUAACACCUGCAGUUUCAAUUCCACCUGAAGCUACUGGCGGUGUUCCACCUGAAGCUACUGGCGAUGUUCCACCACCACCUGAAGCUACUGGCGGUGUUCCACCACCACCUGAAGCUACUGGCGGUGUUCCACCACCACCUGAAGCUACUGGCGGUGUUCCACCUGAAGCUACUGGUGGUGUUCCACCAAGUGGCGGCUCCCCUCCAUGUGACUCACAACCAGAAGGUUCACCAGCAGACGGUGCUCCGCCAUGCGUCGCUCCUCCACCAAGCGGCGGUGCUCCACCAAGCGGAGGUGCUCCACCAAGCGGAGGUGCUCCACCAAGCGGCGGUGCUCCACCAAGCGGCGGUGCUCCACCAAGCGGAGGUGCUCCACCAAGACAACCUGGCGGAGGUGCUCCACCAAGCGGAGGUGCUCCACCAAGACAACCUGGCGGCGGUGCUCCACCAAGCGGAGGUGCUCCACCAAGACAACCUGGCGGCGGUGCUCCACCAAGCGGAGGUGCUCCACCAAGACAACCUGGCGGCGGUGCUCCACCAAGACAACCUGGCGGAGGUGCUCCUCCUACAGGAACCCCAUCUAGCGGUCCUACAAUCCCCGCUCAACCAUACGAAGGUUCUGCUAUAUCAAUUAUACACUCCAAGAGUGCGCUACGUGCUGUGGUUGUUUUCUUUGUGUCUGCUCUCGUCUUUUAG